ACAGUCCGACUGGAUCCCCUCUCGGCCUCACUAACCCUAACGCGGGCUGCGGCGGUCGCCGGUCACCGUCAGGCGCGCGCUGGGCGGCUGCGGUUCGCGGCCUCGCGGGCAGGCGUGCGACGGGGCCGGGCAGCUACGGACGGGAAGACACGCCGUGCGCGGCAGCCGGCAGGACACGGCGGGCUGUUGCGGGGCGCGCCGACCGCCCGCGCGGGCAGGUGAAACUGUGAAGGCACGACGGUAGGGCGAAGGCAAGCUCCAUCCUCCAUUGCUCCAAGCAGACAAGCAAACAGAAACUAUACUGGAUCCGCCCCUGCUAGGCGGAGAUGAUUACUGAGAAGCCAACCUGGAUUCGCCACGAGGGGCUGCAGAUCUUCUCCAUUGACAUCCAGCCUGGCGGCCUCCGCUUCGCCACCGGUGGCGGCGACCAGAAGGUUCGAAUAUGGAGCAUGAAAUCUGUAGAUAAGGAUAAUGCCAGUGAUGAUUCCAGCCAAAGAUUGCUCGCUACAAUGCGUGACCAUUUUGGAUCAGUAAACUGUGUGAGAUGGGCCAAGCAUGGCCGCUAUCUUGCUUCAGGAUCAGAUGAUCAGGUUAUCCUAAUUCAUGAGAGAAAAGCUGGUUCCGGGACAUCUGAGUUUGGUAGUGGAGAACCUCCAGAUGUAGAAAAUUGGAAGGUCAUUAUGACCUUAAGAGGGCAUACUGCAGAUGUGGUAGAUCUUAGUUGGUCCCCUGAUGAUUCAACAUUGGCUAGCGGCAGCUUGGAUAAUACCGUUCACAUAUGGAACAUGACCAAUGGUAUUUGCACCGCGGUCUUGCGAGGGCAUUCCAGCUUGGUCAAAGGGGUUACCUGGGAUCCUAUUGGUUCUUUCAUUGCAAGCCAAUCAGAUGAUAAAACUGUUAUAAUAUGGCGUACAAGUGACUGGAGCCUUGCUCACAAGACAGAAGGCCAUUGGGCCAAAUCUCUUGGUUCAACAUUUUUUAGACGACUUGCUUGGUCACCUUGUGGCCACUUCAUAACUACGACUCACGGGUUCCAGAAACCUAGGCAUUCAGCACCUGUGCUUGAAAGAGGCGAAUGGUCUGCAACUUUUGACUUUCUAGGGCAUAAUGCGCCUGUUGUGGUGGUUAAGUUUAAUAACUCAACAUUCCGCAAGAAUUUCUCAAAUGGUCAAGACACAAAGGCUGCGCCAGCUGGAUUGGCCAAUGGAGCAUCAAAGACAUCAACAAAAGAACAGCAACCAUAUAAUGUUAUUGCUAUUGGAAGUCAAGACAGAACUAUUACUGUUUGGACGACAGCGAGUGCCCGACCAUUAUUUGUUGCUAAGCAUUUUUUCUCUCAAAGUGUGGUUGAUUUAUCUUGGAGCCCUGAUGGUUAUUCACUUUUUGCCUGCUCCUUGGAUGGAUCGGUGGCCAACUUUCACUUUGAAGCAAAGGAGCUUGGAUACAGGUUAAGCGACUCUGAAAUGGAUGAAUUGAAGAGGAACAGAUAUGGUGAUGUCAGAGGACAUCAAUCAAAUCUGGCUGAAAGCCCUGCACAGUUGCUGCUAGAACAAACAUCAGCAAAGCAAUCAACUGGCAAAAAGGGGUCUUCCAUUGUCCAGCCAUUUCAAGCACCCCCAAAAGUUUCUGCAGAUGUGCCUAACCCAGUUCCCACUGUGCAAAGUCAGAAAGCUCCUGAAGCUUCACCUGAAGAUGAUAAGAAAACAGCAGGUCCCACUUCUGAUGAUGUAAAUAAAGUUAACCGGUUAUCUAGUCCAGUGAAACAGAGAGAAUACCGGCGUCCUGAUGGCCGGAAAAGAAUAAUCCCAGAGGCAGUUGGAUUUCCUUCCAACCAGGAUAACACACCCAACCAUUCUCAGAAUCAAGCCGUGGAUUUUUCAUCUCUGGAUCAACGAAUGAAUGGAAAAAGACCAUCUUAUGGCAGCAGCAGUAACUGUAAUAACUGCGAGGUUAGGGAUCGCUUUGGUGUUACAGCAAGGGCAAACAUAACUGAGAGUCUUGUUAUUCAAAAAGCUCCAACUAGUGCUGGCAGUGAUGGAAGGCUGAGUAUAGAACACUCCGGAUCUGUAGUUCCAGGCUCUUUGACCUCCUGCUCCGCUCUUUCUAUCCAUGUACAAAAUAAUAAAGACAAUGAGGAUUCUAUACCAGUCUGCCUUGAAGCAAAGACUGUAGAACGUGCUGCAAGUGAUACAAUUGGUGUAGGUGGUGCCUUUUCAACAAAAGAAUCCGAGAUAAAGUGUACAAGAGGUACAGAAACUCUUUGGUCAGAUCGUAUCUCUGGAAAGGUUACUGUCUUGGCAGGCAAUGCAAAUUUCUGGGCUGUUGGUUGUGAAGAUGGUUGCCUGCAGGUUUACACAAAAUUUGGAAGGAGAGCAAUGCCAGCAAUGGUGAUGGGAUCUGCAGCUGUUUUUAUAGAUGUUGAUGACUGCUGGAAGUUGCUUCUUGUCACAAGGAGAGGUUUAAUGUACAUAUGGGACCUCUAUAACAGGACCUGCAUUUUGCAGGACUCUUUAGCUUCUUUGGUUGCAUCUCCAGAUGAGUCAUCUGCAAAAGGUGCUGGUACAGUAAAGGUUAUAUCUGCCAAAUUCUCAAGAUGUGGUUCACCCUUAGUUGUCCUUGCCAGCCGUCAUGCUUUUCUUUAUGACAUGAGCCUUAAGUGCUGGCUAAGGAUUGCCGACGAUUGUUUUCCAGCAUCAAAUUUUGCUAGCUCAUUUAGUUCCACUCAGGGUGGGGAGCUAGGCAAGUUGCAGAUUGAUAUAGGCAAGUUCAUGGCUAGAAAGCCUAUUUGGAGCAGGGUUACAGAUGAUGGGUUGCAGACACGCUCCCAUUUGGAGACCCAGCUGGCAGCUUCUUUGGCUUUGAAGUCAGCACAGGAGUAUCGCCAAUGCCUCCUGUCCUAUGUCCGGUUUUUAGCUAGAGAAGCAGAUGAAUCUCGUCUACGUGAAGUUUGUGAGAGCUUCCUAGGUCCUCCGGUGGGCAUGGCUGGUUCUGUGCCCUCUAUGGAUCCCAAAAACCCUGUGUGGGAUCCUGAUGUUCUUGGAAUGAAGAAGCACGAACUUCUUAGGGAAGAUAUACUUCCGUCCAUGGCAUCGAACCGGAAAGUCCAGCGGCUGCUCAACGAGUUCAUGGACCUCCUGUCAGAAUAUGAAGCUGCCGAGGCCAAAGCUAACCUGAUGGAUGUCAUACCGACACCACAGCCCACAGCAGAAGCCAGUGACAAGGUGAUGCAGCCCGCAACAGAAGCCAGUGACAAGGUGAUGAAGCUCGCAUCAGAAGCAAAUGACAAGGUGAUGGAGCCCAGAACAGAAGUUAAUGACAUGGUGACAACCUCGUAGUUACCCCCUGGCAUCAUCCAGUCUGGUUACUGGAGACUGUACUGACCCCCUCCCUCUUUCGGUAAGUAUGAUAGGAUAGUUUGGCAUGGAUACAGCGUGUCUAUUUCAAGAAGUGCUUAUACUAAUCAAUUGUUAGUUGUGCAUGUAGCUGGUAGAUUGUUUAGCAGGGCGACCUCGGGCAAAAACUGAUUCUGAACCCGUUAGAUGUAACGCUGAGUGUAACAGUAGAAAAGGGCGCGAGGUCACCUACUGAUCAUUGUGUAACAGUAAUCUGUAAAAGGUCGGAUAAGCUCAUUUCCUUUUUAAUUCCAGGGCAAUUUUUUGGCCUCGAUGGUUUUUAGUUCA